AUGUCUUCUGAGCUAACUCUAGUAACGGUCCUUGCGUGGUGCUGCAUCUGGGGGCAGAGAUCAAGAAUACACAGCAGUAAACCUCGUAGGCGGAAGCUUCUCAAGGCGGCUUUUGGUGGGGGGUUGGGGGUGGGGGGAAAGGGUAGAUGGGAGGGCAUAGGAAAGCGACCUUGCCUACUGCUGCCCUUCUUCAUGAGCACAGAUCCGUGGGACUUUGAAAAGUUUCUUUCGGAAGAAGAGGCCGGUAUGAAGGGACGUCACUCUAAGAAUUCAUCUCGCGGAGGGGGUUCGUCUGGCCGCCCGGGUUUUUCUGCUGAGAAGCAGUAUCGCGUUGCGGGUUCUACGUUCCCUCCCUUGCCACUGGUCCGCGAUGAUCGUUUCAUUGAGAAGCAACCAGAAAUUCUUCCCGCUGCUGGCUCGUCGGGUCUUUCGUGCGCGUUCGCGACGGAAGCUACUGCUGACGUUACUCCAAUCCCUGAGCCGUUCAAGGGAUGGUCGCUGUCUGCAGUUAAGGGCUUUCGGGACGACUACAAGUCAUAUCUGAAGGCGAAGGCGAAACUGAAAAAGAUGAAGGAGCUCAACGACAAGGGCGAGAUACUUCACAGUAUCCGCACGAAGGCGGUGGAGUUCCAGACAAAGUACGCCACCAUCAAGGAGAAAUCUGCAGGGCUCGUCGCAGCAACGCAUCUGGAGAACCAGAAACGUCUCCAGGCGGAUUUCAUUUCGUCUAAAGAAGCGGAGGUCGAGGAAAUUCUGGCAGCGAGCAACUCGCAUGUCACGGUUUUGGCAACAAAGCUCGAGGAGUACAUACAAAGCCUUUCCGCCGACCCAGAGCUGGUGGUGUCUGACGCCGCCAAGGAGCGAUUUCGUCGCUUGAAGGGACGCUGCAUCGAAAAGGUUAACUCUGAGAUUGCUGCUGCUAAGGAUGAGAUCGUCAUCCGAGAACUGGAUCGACAGCGAAAACAGGCCGCUGAGGACUUGAAGAAAGCCGCUGCCGCGGAGGAACUGAAGGAGAUGGAUACAGAGCUGUCGAUGGAGGAGAUCCUGAAGAACCACACUAAGAAGAUGGCGGAUCAGCUUCGCAGGGAGAUCACAGCGAGUGUUGAAGCCAAGCUAUCGAAGAAGUUCAAGAAGGAGCUCUCUCUGGGUGAACAGGAACCUACGACAGCCUCCAACGCGGACUCCAAGGCUAAGAAGGAGAAGAACGAUGCGCCUUCGAAGCCGAGAAGGAAGCGCGGAGCUAAGAAGCCGAAAACGUAG